CUCCUCCGCAGCGAUGUGAGGUGAUCGCAGAGAGGAGGGGGAGAGAGAGAAAGCGAGAGAGGGAGAAAGCGCGAGGGAAGAAGCAGAGGGAGAACACUCGGCCCAACACUCAGCAGCAUCAUGGCACCUAUCGGAUUAAAGGCAGUGGUCGGCGAAAAGAUUAUGAAUGAUGUAAUCAAGAAGGUGAAGAAGAAGGGAGAAUGGAAGGCACUGAUCGUGGACCAGCUGAGCAUGAGGAUGUUGUCUUCCUGCUGCAAGAUGACAGACAUCAUGACAGAGGGCAUCACCAUCGUGGAGGACAUCAUGAAGCGACGAGAGCCUCUUCCCAGCCUGGAGGCCAUUUACCUGAUUACACCCACAGAGAAGUCUGUCCACACCCUCAUCGGAGACUUCAAAGACCCUCAUUCAGCUAAAUACAAGGCAGCCCAUGUUUUCUUCACUGACUCCUGCCCUGAUCCUCUCUUCAACGAGCUGACGAAGAGUCGCGCUUCCAAAACCAUCAAGACUCUGACGGAGAUCAACAUCGCCUUCUUGCCCUACGAGUCUCAGGUAUACUCUCUGGACAAUCCAGAUGCCUUCCACAGUUUCUACAGCCCCCAUAAGACCCAGCUGAAGAAUCCGGUGAUGGAGAGGCUGGCUGAGCAGCUGGCCACGCUCUGUGCCACCCUGAAGGAGUACCCUGCUGUCAGAUACCGAGGCGAGUACAAGGACAACGCCACCCUGGCCCAGCUGGUUCAGGACAAACUCGACGCCUACAAGGCUGAUGACCCCACUAUGGGAGAGGGUCCAGACAAGGCGCGCUCACAGCUGAUCAUCCUGGACCGGGCGUUUGAUCCUGUCUCUCCUGUCCUGCAUGAGCUCACCUUCCAGGCAAUGGGCUACGACCUGCUGCCCAUCGAAAACGACGUCUACAAGUAUGAGACCAGUGGCAUCGGGGACUCUCGUGAGAAGGAGGUUCUGCUGCACGAGGACGAUGACCUGUGGGUGAGCCUGAGACACAAACACAUAGCUGAGGUUUCCCAGGAAGUGACCCGGCAGCUGAAGGACUUUUCUGCCAGCAAGAGGAUGAACACAGCUGGGGAGAAGACCACUAUGAGGGACCUGUCCCAGAUGCUGAAGAAGAUGCCUCAGUACCAAAAGGAGCUCAGCAAGUACUCCACUCAUCUGCAGCUCGCUGAGGACUGCAUGAAGCAUUACCAGGGAACCGUGGAUAAGCUGUGCCGUGUGGAACAGGACUUGGCUAUGGGCACGGACGCCGAGGGAGAGAAGAUCAAAGACCCGAUGAGGGCUAUUGUGCCCAUCCUGCUGGAUGCCAACGUCACUACGUACGACAAGAUCCGCAUCAUCCUGCUCUACAUUUUCCUCAAGAAUGGAAUUACAGAGGAGAACCUGAAUAAGCUGAUCCAACACGCCCAGAUCCCCCCCGAGGACAGUGAGAUCAUCACCAACAUGGCUCACCUGGGUGUCCCCAUUGUCACAGAUUCAACCCUCCGCCGAGGAAAGAAGCUGGACAGGAAGGAGCGUGUGAGCGAGCAGACCUAUCAGCUGUCCCGCUGGACACCCCUGGUCAAGGACAUCAUGGAGGAUGCGAUUGAAGAUAAGCUGGACACCAAGCACUACCCCUACAUCUCUACCCGCUCCUCUGCGUCUUUCAGCACCACUGCAGUCAGUGCUCGGUACGGCCACUGGCACAAGAACAAGACUCCAGGAGAGUAUCGCACUGGCCCGCGUGUCAUGGUCUUCAUCAUCGGCGGCGCGUCCUUCAGCGAGAUGCGCUGCGCAUAUGAGGUCACACAGGCCAAUGGGAAGUGGGAAGCCGUCAUUGGAUCGACCCACAUCUUCACCCCCACCAGCCUGCUGGAGCAGCUCAAGGCCAUGAACAAACCAGACGAGGAAGUUGCAAGCUAAAAUCCUCCACUCACACCUCUCCUCUUUCCCUUAACCCUGUUGUCCCCGUCCUCUACAUUGUGUAUGCAUCCUGCUUGAGAAGAAAAAGACAGCUUAAAUGAUAAAAAAAAAAGAAAUAUGUAUCAAAGAAUAACAUCGGAAUAAGUAUUCCCGCGUUUUACAAUGGAUGCAACUAAAUGAUUAAUUUAAUUUAAAAAAAAAAUGGUUUUAAAUAUCUGAGCAGAAGGUCAUUUAAAAAUCGAAGAACCAAAAUGUAAUAUUGUAUGCUAAAGACACCUGUGCAAAAAAGGUAGACACUUUCUCUUGUUUGUUCCUUUGAGUUUCCUACUUGGUGGGAGUUCUAAUGGAAGCGGGUUGAGUAGGGACGUGUGGUUCCAGAGGUUGAUCUUGUAAAAUAUAUAUCGGUCAACAUGCAAUACAUAGAUUUCAGAGGAGUUCCCCUGCCCGUUUGAGAUGUUCGUAUACAGUAGCAUGCUUGGACUUGUGUGGACUGUUGAUGUGUUUGUAUCCAUUGUGGAAGUUCUGGAAGCCGCAGUUAGCACCUAGCUUUUCCCCCUAAGAUGUCGAGCUUAAAUACUUCAGCAAAAACCUUUUUGUUUUGAGUAUCGAAAGAUCUAAAUGCGCACUUUGAAACAUUUCAGACUACUCGUGAUGCGUUAUUCACUGCUCAAUGGUUCAGCUGUGACACGAUGCCAACGUAGAUCUAAUUCAUUACAAACUGCUCCGCUGAAGGUCAACUAGAACUUAAUAAAAUUGUUCGCUGACAAGUCCAUCAGGUUGGGUCUCGUACUCAAAGCAGUCAUUUUUGUUGAAGUAUUUGUGUAAAGUGCUUGCUUGAGACAUUAGACAAGGAAAACUGUUAAAGCCAGAACCAUCCCUCCUCUGCCUGUCGAGACUAAAGUAUUUACUUGCCACAAACUUUUCCUUUCUCUGGAGAAACUUCACGUUUUGAUGUCAAAAUGCUUGCUGAUAGUUAAUGAAUUUUAAAAAAGGGCCAGUUGUAUUUCAGUAUUGUAUCCUGUCAGAUUAAGUCUUAUCAUCGGUUAGUAAUGUUUAAUUGGGCCAUGCACUGAGUAGUGUUGUACAUGUGUCAUAUGUUGCUGUCUCACUGUUGUAAUAUUUCGGACUGUGACGUAGUGAAACUUUUUCUUUAGAAAUGUCAAUGUGAAGGCACCGUGUUAGUUGUAGCUGUUAGUUGUCAACUGGAAAAAUAAUAUCUAUACUUUGCCUGUUUCAUCCUCUGGUGCAAUGUAAAACCCUUCAAUUGCGAAUGGCUUUCAAAAAUGAACUUAAAUCCACUGUUUGCUUUCAUUUCCUCCCUCCUUGCCAAACAAGCUGGACGUUGCGCUAUAAUGCGUUUUCUGUGAUGCAAACGCUCUUUUUUCUUUUAUAAUUUGCUGUAUAGGGUUGACUCUUAAAAUCAAUUUAUAUAAAAAUUAUUUAUCAGGAAAAAAAGUGACGCAAUAGUCCAUCUUUAAACUGUUUAACUUAUUGGGAUUGUAUGUUGAAGCACAAACGAUACUUCCAUGUGUACUUAGUGUGUACUAAGGCUGUCUAAUAAAUUGGCUUCCAUUA